AUGAACGGUGAUGGAUUUUCUUCUGAUCUUGAUUCCGUUGAAGAAGAAUCAACUGAUAUACCGAUCAAGAACACAGAGACUGUGCCGAGCUAUAAAGGUGACGAUGAUAUCCUGUUCAGCCCCUUGGACAAGAAAGUGAAACUCAGCAUGCUCCAGGAUAGGGCUUACUAUUAUGUUCUCCAUGCCUUCAAAGCAGAAUCUCCUGCAAUAUCCAGCUCAAGGAUCGUGAUCAUGCAAGAACUGUUGAAAGAAUUGAAGAUUGAGUACAAGACUCACCAGACUUAUCACAAUGCAAUCGAAGCUGAUCCAAUGGUCCUGCAAUUGAGGAAUGUUUCAUUGGCGUCUGAUGAGAAGGAAAUGCAGAAACUUACUGUCGCUGAAGAACCGGAAAUUACUGGCGUAGAUGGCCAACCUCUGAUAAUCCGUAUCAAACUGAACAAGGAUGACAAUGCCAAAAUUCAAGACAGGGUUUUAGCUCCUGCAAAGAUAAAAGAUGGAAAGGUUUUAGCUCCUGCAAAGAUACAAGACGAAGAGGCAAAACCGAGUUCUACUUCUGAUGAUUCACCUGACUCGAGCUGGGGCCAGGUUUCUCCUGGGUCUCUUGUUGGAAGACGGGUCCAUAUACAAAUGCCUGACGAAGACGAGUACAUUGAAUUCCUCAUCACAAAGUAUGACGCAAAUACGGAAACGCACCACUUGUUGAGUGCUUUCAGCAAUAAGGAUUAUGAGGACCCAUGCAACUGGGUUGAUCUCAGACAUGUUCAGGCAGAGGAUAUGAAAUGGCCAGAGGGAGAUCCAGAUUUACCAGUAUGGAAAUGCUCUCCUAAACCAGGCGAAACUCUCUUCCACGAAACCAGUACAACUCAAAACAAGAAGCAAGUUCAUGAGGUUGGCAAAACUAGCACUGGGAUUCCUGUCAUCAGAAAAGUUGAUAAGGGAAAGGCUGUUGUUGACGCAUAA